AUGGCAAGCAAAGCAGUUAUCCUCCCGAAGUCUCUAUCCGACCCCACCCAAUGGGAUAAGCUCAUCGACAAGUACAGAGCCUUCAGAUUAUCAGCACUGGAUUUGUCUCCAAAGUCCUUCAGUUCAACUUACGCCAGGGAAGUUGAACUGCCAAAGGAAAAAUGGGAGGCACGUUUGAGCGACCCCCUUGCAAUAAAUACUGUCGUCGUCUCGAACACCGAUACUGGUUCGGCAGAUGACCUUUCGCUCAUCCUCAACUCAUCGUGGCUUGCUUCACUAGUCUUGUGUGGCCCGUUUGAUGCACAUUCGGCCACGAAAACAUGGGAACGACAGCAGAAUUUUGAUCCAGGAUGCCUCAACUUUGGCCCACUAAAUCCUGAUGUUAAACAGGCUUACGUCCUGAAUGCAAUCUACGUGCCUCCUUCUCAGAGGCGCAAGGGUCUGGCAAACAGACUUAUUGAAAACGCUAAACAACUUGUGGUUGGAACACAUAGAGAGAACAAAGUUAUGCUAGUUCUGAUUGUUAACUUUGAGUCUGUCGCAGCAAUGAAGUGCUAUGAGAAAUCUGGUUUUGAACUGGUGCACGAUUAUUGGUUUGAUGAGUCCGACUCUACCAAGGGCCAUGCGGCUGUGAUGAGAUUGGACGUGAAGGUGGAUGAUUCUAGUAACUAG